AUUACAUAAUUCAAAAUGGCGUCCAGGUUAGGAUUACAGCGAUUUUCUAGGAUGGUAAGAUCCUUCCAUUCGACAAGUACAAAGAACUUUCUUAUACCUAUGGUCAUCGAGUCUACGGGUCGAGGUGAAAGAGCUUACGAUAUUUUCUCAAGGCUACUYAAAGAAAGAAUAAUAUGUCUAAUGGGUCCUGUUACAGAUGAAAUGUCAAGUCUUGUGAUAGCUCAGCUAUUGUUUCUUCAAUCUGAGAGUUCAAARCAACCAAUACAUAUGUACAUCAACAGCCCUGGUGGAGCUGUAACGGCUGGACUAGGGAUAUAUGACACAAUGCAGUAUAUUCAGCCUCCAAUCUCUACAUGGUGUGUAGGUCAGGCAUGUAGUAUGGGUUCACUGCUCUUAGCAGCAGGAACACAAGGUCUUCGGCAUGCUUUACCUCAYUCUAGAAUAAUGGUACACCAGCCAAGUGGAGGUGCAUAUGGYCAAGCAACYGACAUUGCAAUUCAAGCUGAGGAGAUAAUAAAAAUGAAAAAAGUCCUGAAUGGAAUUUACUCUAAGCAUACUGGACAAGAUGUAGCAAAAAUAGAGGAAAUGUUAGAAAGAGACAAAUUCAUGUCACCAGAUGAAGCAAAAGAGUUUGGYUUGGUAGACAGAGURCUSUCUAGUGCUCCAUCCUAUGAAGAMGUUAAGAAAGAACAGGACAASAAUGAUGAUUAAAUAUGACACUUUUAGCAUUAAUGGUGUGAAAUACUCUUGGCAAGUUGUUGUUUUUAAUACUUUUCCUCUUUAUGUACAAACAUGCAAAGUUCCAAUUGUCCUGCUGUACAAAAGUAAUGAUAUUAAAAAAAUUGUAUUUAUUAUUAA